CAAUAGCGAACGGCGGGGGAUAUAGAAAUUGUUUUAUAUUUGUCGUAUGCCGCGUAGACUGAUUUAGAUCUCACCCCCUUUUUCUGCAUAGAGGAGAGAAGAAGGAGCAAUCGUGAAGGGAUCAGAGCCGGUAUAGGACAACAUUCGGGAACUUUUCUCAUCACCGCCUACAAAACCGUUAGCCGCAGCCGCGCAGGAAAACUCCCUGGUUCCCGUCCAUUGAUCUGAAAGACAUCUCCUCUUCCUGAUUCCUGGCGCUGGGCAUUCCUGUGGAGUCACGGAAAGAAAUGUCCCCUUGACCAUGGUGGACAACAGCACACUAAUGUCUGAGACGGGGAGGAGUCUCUUGGCGGAUUCUUCUAUCCUCGACUCCAAAAUUACAGAGAUUUCCAAGGAGAAAAUAUUCCCAGAGUCCACAUCAGAUGGUGAUGAGGAAAUGCCUCAGAUUGAAACGAGAGUGGUUGUAGUUCAGGAAGCUGCAAAGCACACAGAACUGCUGGAUGCUCUGGAGACUAUUAAGAUAAUGGAAGUUCCAGUUAUAAAGAUAAAGGAAACUAGUCCUGGUAAAUCGGAAGAAAAGCUAAUUAAAAGUGUUGUGCAGAUGGAAAUUAAAGUACCUUACAUAAAGGCUGAGUCAGUGGAAGAGUACGGGGAAUCUGAGUCGCCAGAGUUUGAGACCAUCUUUGUGGUGGCCGACUUCCACGCUCCAGUUUUCAAUGAUUUGUACAAGGCAGACUGCAGAGUUCUGGGGCCUCCAAUAGUAAUGCGUUGCGCUCAAAAAGGCGAGGCUCUGCCUUUUUCGUGUCGGCCGCUUUACUGCGGCAGCAUGCUGAACCUUGUGCUAUGCUUCACUGGAUUCCGAAAGAAAGAUGAACUGGUUAAGUUGGUGACUUUAGUUCAUCACAUGGGAGGGAUCAUUCGGAGGGAUUUCAGUUCCAAAGUUACACAUCUGGUUGCAAACUCUACGCAAGGAGACAAAUUCAGAGUCGCAGUGAGUCUGGGCACACCCAUUAUGAAAGCCGAGUGGAUUUAUAAAUCAUGGGAGAGGAGAAACGAAAUUGACUUCUCUGCCGCUGCGGAGGAAUUCAAGAAUGAAUUCAAAGUUCCCCCGUUCCAGGACUGCAUGUUAAGUUUCCUUGGAUUCUCCGAUGAAGAGAAGAAAAAUAUGGAAGAGAUGACAGAAAUGCAAGGUGGACAGCAUUUGCCUGUUGGUGAUGAGAUGUGCACCCAUCUAAUAGUGGAAGAAAACACAGUAAAAGACCUUCCGUUUGAGCCGUCUCAGAGCCUUUACGUUGUGAAGCAAGAGUGGUUUUGGGGAAGCAUUCAGAUGGAUGCCAGAGCUGGAGAAUCUAUGUACUUGUUUGAAAAGGCCGACAGCCCUGAACUCAAAACAUCUGUCUCCCAACUUUCUCUGAGUACUCCAAAUAGCCACAGGAAGAGGCGCCGCUUAAGAGAGACUCUUGCUCAGCUGACCAGAGAGACUGAUAUGUCUCCUUUCCCCCCUCGUAAGCGGCCAUCCGCUGAGCACUCGCUUUCCAUGGGAUCCCUGCUCGAUAUUUCCAACACGCCCGAUGCGAGUAUAACCAACGGAGAAACUCCCAAGUCGUCAUGUAUGAAACCGUCAAAAAACUCUACUCCUCUUCCUCCAAAGCAGUCUGCGAGAUGGCAGGUGGCGAAGGAGCUGUAUCAGACGGAGAGCAACUACGUCGAUAUCCUGACAACUAUAAUCGAGGUCUUUCAGGUCCCGUUGGAAAAAGAAGGGCAGCUUGGAGGCCCCAUCCUCGCCCCAGAAGAAAUCAAAACCAUCUUUGGCAGCAUUCCCGAUAUCCUUGAUGUACACAUCAAGAUUAAGGACGACCUUGAAGACCUUAUGAUCAACUGGACUGAAAGCAAAAGUAUUGGGGACCUCAUUCUUAAAUACUCCAAAGACUUGUUGAAAACCUAUCCCCCCUUUGUGAACUUCUUUGAAAUGAGCAAGGAGACUAUUACCAAGUGUGAAAAACAGAAGCCAAGGUUUCAUGCUUUCCUGAAGAUAAACCAGGCUAAGCCAGAAUGUGGGCGGCAGAGUUUGGCAGAACUUCUUAUCCGACCGGUACAGAGACUACCUAGCGUUGCUCUUCUCCUUAACGACCUGAAGAAACACACUGCUGAAGACAAUCCUGACAAGGCGACACUAGAGAGAGCCAUUGAGUCAUUGAAAGAAGUGAUGACGCACAUUAAUGAAGACAAGAGGAAAACCGAAGGUCAGAGGCAGAUUUUUGAUGUUGUGUAUGAAGUAGAUGGCUGUCCGGCUAAUCUCUUGUCAUCUCACCGGAGUCUAAUCCAGCGCCUGGAAACGGUGGCGCUUGGCGAUGACCUCUGUGACAGAGGGGAGCAGGUCACUCUCUUCCUUUUCAAUGACUGCCUAGAGGUCGCGAGGAAGCGGCACAAAGUCAUCGGGGGUUUCAAGAGUCCUCAUGGUCACACCAGGCCCCCCGCCUCUCUCAAGCACGUCGUCCUCAUGCCCCUGUCGCAGAUCAAGAAAGUGCUAGAUGUCCAAGAGACGGAAGACUGCCACAGAGCGUUCGCGUUGGUUGUGCGGCCUCCAACAGAGCAAGCCAACUUGCUGUUCAGCUUCCAGAUAACUUCGGAGGAACCCCCCAAGGAGGACUGGCUGAGGAUGCUCUGUCGGCACGUGGCCAACACAAUCUGCAAAGCGGACACCGAAAAUCUUAUUUGUGCCACUGAUCCUGAUUCCAUUGAAGUAAACACAAAAGAUAUGGACAGUACAUUGAGCAGAGCAUCUCGCGCCAUAAAGAAGACAUCCAAAAAGGUUACUCGCGCGUUCUCUUUCUCAAAGACGCCCAAGAGAGCCCUCCGAAGAGCUCUGAUGGCACACAGCAGCGUUGAAGGACAGAGUUUCGGCACAUCUAGCGAGAAUUACUUAGGGGGACGCCUGGCUAGUACGUCAUCGCUUGCCGGCAUUCACUCACCUUCCCUGGUCAACCUUUCGUCUGUGUUUGAAAAGAGAAGCCAUACAUUAAGCCGAUCGACAACUCACUUAAUAUGAAAUGGGUGGGAGACAAGAGUCGUGUCUCCAAAAUUGUGACUGACAACUCUGGCCGGGCUGUUCAAGCAACCAAUUACUGACCUGUCUGGUGGUACUUAGUUAGCACUUAGUGGCAGCAAGCAUUUAGGUAACACUAAGCCUAUCACCAAGGAUUCUCUGAUCUGUCCAGAAAACAAGUGAAGGACUGGAACUUGGUAUAGAUAUUGUUGCACAAAUUACCCUGUUACACGAUGGAAAUGUUUUGCUCAGUGUAAGGACUCAGUGAUGCGGCAUAGGAACCGUCUACUAAAUUAACAUUAUAUAUAACUUCAGGAGUUGCUUGCAGAUGCCUUUGCUGGCUGGGAAAAGUGAAGUUUGCUUUUAAAAUGGGCUUUGUAUGUUUAUCAGUUGUAUGUCUUUUACUAAUGCACCGUCCGAUCUUUAAAGCCCUUCAGACUUCCAGUACUUUUCGGCUGUCCGAAAGAUGUAGGUUUGCAAAAGCUUGACUCUGUUUCUGGCAUAUUCGACGCUGCAUUGUUGAUGGUGGUUUAAUGAAAAUGUGCCACGUUUUCACCUGUGUAUCAAUUAACUCAACUUUGUUUCGCUGCUAGGAAUGAUUUUGUCCAACGAAAUGGUGAAGCCCCCCCCCAGGAAAAACAAUCACUGUACUUCAUUGUAUUUAUAGUCUUUGAAUGGAGAACAAUUUUAACAACUAUCUCCAAAACUUAGUGAAACACUUUUUUAUAUAUACACACACAUAUAUAUACAGACCAAUAAUGCACAGAUUUUGGUAUGAAGAUUUAGAUCUAACUUCAAUAUCUGUUGCUGCUAUUUUUUUAUUCGUAGAUUUUCAUUUAAAAAGUCAUCCUAUUUUCUAUUUUCUUUCUAAUUUAAACGUUUUAGAAUGAUCAGUGUUUCACAGUAUGUUCUACACUCUAGAAACUUAGUUUCUGCACAUUUUGUUUCUUCUUGCCUAUGUUUAGGGACUGGUAGGCGGAUGCGACUUUUGAUUCCCCUCCCCUUCCCCCAACCCACAGCUACUUACUUGUAUGUAUAAAUUGUGCCACUUAAUUUUUUUGCAUUCUGUAUUGGCAAGAACCUUGUAAAUAAACUGAACUGUUGACACUG